GAGUAGUUGAUUAAGGCUCUUUUUGCAUAAGCAACGUAAACCAAUAUUCACUCAACUUAGUCUAACCCCUUCUUUGACAUUCACUACCUUGUAUUGUGUGAUUCAAAAUUCAAAGAGAGCAUCAAAAUAUCUACUUCAACACAAGGAACAAUGGCCAUGGCAGUUGUUGGAGAGGCAUUCCUCUCAGCUUCCAUGGAGGUGUUGUUAGAGAGAAUAGUUUCCCAAGAGUUCCUCUUCUUCUUCCGGAGCAAGCAGCUUGACGUUUCACUCCUGAAAAAGCUGAAAACAACUCUGCUGAGUCUUCAGGCUGUGCUGAAUGAUGCUGAGGAGAAACAGAUCACCAACCCUGCUGUGAAGGAAUGGCUGGAUGAGCUCAGAGAUGCUCUCUAUGAUGCUGAUGAUUUGUUGGAUGAAGUCAACACUGAGGCUUUGAGGUGCAAACUGGAAUCUGGGUCUCAAAGUAAAAGUCAACCCUUCAGUGAUCAGGUUAUGAACUUCCUUUCUUCUCCUUUCAAAAGGUUUUCUGGGGUCAUCAAUUCUGAAGUUCAAGAUCUUUGUCAAAGAUUGGAGCUGUUUUCAGUGCAAAAAGACAUCCUUGGACUGAAAGAAGGUGUUUCUGGCAGAGUCUGGCAUGGAACACCUACUAGUUCUGUGGUUGAUGAAUCUGCUAUUUAUGGUAGAGAUGAUGACAAGAAGAUACUUAAAGAUUAUUUGCUGUCUGAAGGUGAUCAUGGUUGUGGAAGCAAAAUAGGGGUGAUUACCAUGGUUGGUAUGGGUGGACUUGGUAAAACAACCCUUGCUAAACUCCUUUAUAAUGACCAUGAAGUGGAGGAGAAAUUUGAUCUGAAAGCUUGGGCUUAUAUUUCAAAGGAUUUUGAUGUUUGCAGGGUGACUAAAAGCCUUCUUGAAUCAGUCAGUUCAAAGCCUGUGGUUACUAAUAACCUGAACAUUAUGCAAGUGGAAUUGCAGCAAAGCUUAAGCAACAAAAGAUUUUUGCUUGUCUUGGAUGACAUGUGGGAUGGAAGCUAUGACGAUUGGAACAAACUGAAGGCCAUUUUUAAAUCUGGGGAAGUGGGAAGUAAGAUCAUCAUUACCACACGGGAUGAAAGUGUUGCAUUAGCCAUGCAAACAUUUCUUCCUAUCCACUACUUGAGAUCUCUUCACAGUGAAGAUUGCUGGUCUUUACUUGCUCAUCAUGCAUUUGGACCAAGUAACUGUGGGAAACAAUCCAAACUUGAAGUAAUUGGCAAAGAAAUUGCAAAAAGAUGUGGUGGAUUGCCAUUAGCUGCAGAAGCCCUCGGGGGUCUUCUCCGCACCAAGUUAUUGGAAAAGGAAUGGGAUAAGGUAUUAAAAAGUAACAUCUGGGAUCUGCCAAAUGUUAAGAUACUACCAGCUUUGCUGUUAAGUUAUCACUAUCUUCCUGCUCCUUUGAAAAGAUGCUUUGCUUAUUGUUCAAUUUUUCCUAAGAACUCUGGUUUAAACAAGAAGAUGGUGGUUCUUCUAUGGAUUGCAGAAGGCUUAGUACAUCAGCCCAAAAGUGACAAAGCUAUGGAAGAAAUAGGUGAUGAAUACUUUGAUGAACUAGUGUCAAGGUCACUAAUACGUAGACAGACUGUCAAUGGUAAAACGAACUUUAUGAUGCAUGAUCUUAUCAAUGAGUUAGCCACAAUUGUUUCAUCUGCAUAUUGUGUGAGGUACGAAGAUCCAAAACCACGCGAAGGUCUUGAAAGGGCUCGCCACUUGUCGUACAACAGAGGGAAGUAUGACUGCUUCAAUAAAUUUCAAGCAUUGUAUGGGUCAAAAUGUCUUCGUGCCUUUCUAGCUUUACCAUUAAAACAUUGGUGGUCAUCAAAAUAUCCUAAUUUGAGAAGCCAUUAUCUAUCAAACAAGUUACUUUUUGACUUGUUGCCAGCAAUGAGACGGUUGAGGGUGUUAUCUUUGUCACACUACAAUAAUAUCACUGAGUUGCCUGACUCUCUUGGAAACUUAUUGCACCUGCGAUAUUUGAAUCUCUCUAAUACUAAAAUUGAAAGAUUACCAAAUGCAGUAUGCAAGCUCUACAAUCUGCAGACCUUGUUAUUGUCCAAAUGCUGCUUACUUACUGAAUUGCCUGAGGACAUGGGAAAUUUGGUUAAUCUUCGCCACCUUGAUGUCAGUGAUGCAAAAUUAAAGGAGAUGCCUGCACAAAUAUCCAAACUACAAAAUCUCCAAACACUGUCUACUUUUGUUGUCAGCAAAAAGCAGGAUGGAUUGAAGGUUGGAGAGCUGAGGAAAUUUCACCAUCUACAAGGGAAACUUUCAAUCUUAAAGCUACAAAAUGUCACUGACCCCUCUGAUGCCUUUCAAUCCAACUUGAAGAAGAUAGAACAAAUUGAUGAGUUGGCCUUAGAAUGGGAUCGCAAUGCAACUGAAGACUCGCAAAUGGAAAGGCGUGUACUUGAACAGCUCGAGCCAUCAACAAACUUGAAGAAACUCACUAUUCAGUUCUAUGGUGGAACCAGUUUUCCAAAUUGGUUAGGAGAUUCCUCAUUCGGAAACAUGAUGUAUUUGCGUAUCAGUGGCUGUGGUUAUUGUUGGUCACUUCCUCCCCUAGGACAGUUACUUAGUCUCAAAGAACUCGUCAUUUCUGGACUAAAAUCUGUGAAGAGAGUCGGUACUGAAUUCUAUGGAAGUGGUUCCCCUUCCUUUCAACCAUUUCCCUCCUUAGAGAUUCUGACAUUUGAGGAGAUGCUAGAGUGGGAGGAGUGGGACUUGAUUGGAGGUACAACUAUAGAGUUUCCUAGUCUAAAGCGUCUGUUUCUAUGUGAUUGUCCCAAACUCAAAGGAAACAUACCAAACAAUCUUCCUUCCUUAGUUGAACUUGAGUUGUCCCAAUGUCCUCUACUCAAGUCACAAGCUCCAUAUGAGGUGGAAAGCAGCAACAAUAGAAGGCCAUCACAUCUAGGAUUGAUGAUGCUUGGACUUAAUUCUCUUAGAGAGUUGACUAUCUCAGGCAUUCCCUCUUUAACAUCCUUCCCAAGAGAUGUUCUGCCGACAACAUUACAAUCUCUCACUUUCCUUUCUUGUGAGAAUUUGGAAUUCUUACCUCAUGAAUCCUUGCAGAGCUAUACCUCACUUGAGAAAUUGCAAAUAUUCAAUAGCUGUGAUUCAAUGAUAUCCUUUCCAUUAGGCUGUUUCCCUGUGCUCAAAAGUCUCUUCAUCUUGGGUUGUAAAAAUCUGAAAUCUAUUUCUGUGGCAGAAAAUGCAUCACAGAGUCUCUCUUUUCUUCAAAGUUUAUCCAUAUACACUUGUCCUAAUCUGGAUUCAUUUCCACUAGGUGGACUAAUCACUCCUAACCUCAACCAUUUCCUGGUGUCAAGUUGUCGCAAGCUUAAGUCACUUCCAGAACCAAUUAAUACUCUAUCAGGCCUUCAUCAAUUGAGUGUUUAUGGGUUUCCAAAUCUGCAAGCUUUUGCACAAGAGGGUCUACCUAUCAAUUUAAGAAUACUUGAAGUCUCCAAAUGUGGGAGUUUGUCUGCUCCAGAUAUCACUAAGUGGGGCUUGCAGCGGCUUACUUCUCUUACAGAGUUGUGAAUUCGAGGUGAUGGUCUUGUCGAUGCGCUAAUGAAAAUGGAAGUGCAAUUGCUUCCCACUUCUCUUGUGUCCCUACGCAUCUCCCAUCUUUACUAUCUAAAAUUCUUAGAAGGGAAGUGGCUUCAGCAUCUCACCUCUCUUGAAAACCUUGAGAUUUCAGACUGUCGCAAACUUGAAUCCUUACCAGAAGACGGUCUGCCUUCCUCUCUUUCAGUUCUGACUAUCAAGCGCUGCCUGUUACUGGAAGCAAGUUUCCAGAGAAAUGGAGGGAAAGAGUGGCCUAAUAUUGCUCACAUUCCAUGCAUAAUUAUCAAUAACAAAGUAAUAAUAUGAAUGUCCUGGAAGAAUAGGAACCAGACAUCCAGAGCUUGCAUCCAAGGAAGGUGGUCCUGUAACAUUUGUGCAGUUUCUCUUUCAUGGAACAUUUGUACCUGAAGUUUAAGCGCAGACUGGCUCUUGUGUGCUUUCUAACAAAUUGUAGAGUACUUGAGUUCAUAUUACUCCAUAGAAGAACAAGAGUUAGUAAUUGACAGAGUUAUCUACAGAAAGCUUUCAGCCUAUUGUGAAAUGGAUUUAAGAUCAAAAGGUUGCUAUGUCUGUAACUUUAUUACUCUAUUAUCUUUAUUCUGCUAAUAUUAAAUUUUUUGUUUUCAGUCACUACUCACUACAUAGUAAAUGUGUAACACCUUUGACUUAAAUUUUCAUUUAGUAAAUGUGGAUCAUAUGUUAAAUCUA